AUGAAGCUGCUCAUUUGGAUAGAGUCGGACACUUGGGACACUUGGGGCAAGGCCGGCAAGGAUAGCAGUGGAUCGGUCGGGACAGUGGUAUCGGUCACGUCGGCCCAAGGAUUCAUCGGAGGAGUCAAAGUGGGUGUGCCCGAUGAGAGUGGGGGAGGUUUGGAGUAUCUCUUGCGUCCCCAGGCACGCUCACAGGGCCAGGCGGAGGUCGGCAUCUCGGCCCUUGCCCAGUCACCAGGACAGCUGGACCACCUGGUCCUUCCACUGCCGCCUGUGCCGCCUGUGCCGCGCACUGCCGCAUUGCCCCGCUUAAGCGCUAGACACCAGUACACCAGACACAAACCGCAGUCCACCACCCAAGUAUUAACUACCGAUCCGACCCGUCCACCACCUACCUACUUACCUCCUUACCUCCUUUCCAUCUUUCUCAUUCAACAACCCGCCGUCCUGGCCCCGCGGCUGCCAGCCAUCAACAGCGACAGCAACAAUGGACCCCCCAGUCCAAGACCAGAGCAAGAAGAAGCGGCGUCGCAUACACCUCAACUGCGAGGAGUGCCGUCGCACCAAAUCGAAAUCCUUAGUGACACACAUACUGCGGAGAGACACACCCCAGACAGUGCUGACAACAACCAGGUAACCGAUCAUGGCCGUGCAGCGAGACUCGCACACAUCUGCCCUAACCAGGUGUCGAAAAUCACGCAGCCCAAGUCGGUCACCAUCGCCGAGCUCACCGCACGAGUCAAGUACCUCGAGGAGUCUCUGCGCCGGAAUGGGCUCGCGCACGAGCUCACUGCGUCCGAAGCGCCAUCCGUCACGGCUCCCAAUGCAUCCCUCUCCCCGCCCAACAUGCCCUCAUCACUACCAGGCUCCUCGCGCAGUGCGGUCGAGAUGGCAGCCAUGCUGGGACACAUGGCGCUCGGCCACAUUCCAACGAAACGUCACGCCGGGAUGGGCACGACAGCGUUCUACCUCUCGAGUCCGGAACAGAGCGAGGACGAGGGCAGCGAGGAUGAGCGCCGAGGGAGCAACCUGUGGAAACCGCCCUGGGGCCGGAGUACCGGUGUCAGCCUCACUGGCAAGGGACACCUGCCCGGCGUGCUGCUUGACAGGUGCCGCAUCAUGCUCCCCUCGAGGAGAGCGGCGAAGGACAUGUUCAACACGUUCUUCGAGGUUACGAGCUGGAGGAUACAGCCGAUGACGCCUGCCUUCUUCGACACGGUGCUCGCGAGCGUGUACGACAGCUCGGAGGGCGCGCACCCACACGACCUGGCCGUGCUCUUCGCAACGAUGGCGAUGACGAUGUUGUUCGACGAGGCAGCUUCCGGCGCAGCCCAAGGCUUCCAGGCGAAAGACUACCACGAAACAGCCCUGAUCUGCCUGCAUCUCCUCGGCUCCUUCCUUAUCAACUCGGACGACAAGCGCCUCCCCGACGGCAUCUUCCCCAUCACCGGCCUGGGCGUCAGGCUAGCCAUCAUCGCUGGCUACCAUAGGGACAAAGAGACGGCGCACGCAGGCACGCGACCGGAAGAAGCCGACUGGCGCCGGCGGAUAUGGCACGAGCUCCUCGCGCUCGAGAGAGUGCACUGCCUCACAGCGCUGCUGCCCGGUAGUAUCGCACACGACCACUACGACACACCCUAUCCCUCCGACGCGCACAAGGAGGGGUACUUUGUCUGGAAGUGGAACCUCGGCGUGCAUAUGCAGCGCGUGCAUGAUUUCUGGACCCGUGUCGAAACGCCGGAUCUGAACAACAUCGAUGCCGGUCUUCGGCGAUUGCUGCACUCUCUGCCCGCACACCUGCGCUGCUCCUCGUUCCCGAUCGAGGCGUUCCCGCUCGUGCGACCGGGCGCGCCCGCUGUUGUCGUCUCUCCCCCACCGGCGAGCGCCGCCUCACCCGGCUCGUCCGACUACACCACAACGCUCAGUGCCGAACGCCUCUUGCAUCAGCAGUACCGCAUGGCGACACACAUCUGCAUGGUGUUCUUCUACCUGCACCGGCCAAUCUUCAUGCGUGCAAUGGCAACGGGCGACCCGUCAUGCGAGCUCUCAGUCCGCACAAUUAUCGAAGUAUGCGAGCGUAUGCUGCAGCUCGUCCGCGGCAUUCUAAACCAGGACGGGAGCAUGGCGCGCUGGUUCUCCUUCGCGGCGGACCUCUUCAGUGUCCUGCUGUGCCAAGCCGUGCUCGUGGUCAAGACAACGGAAGCGCACCUCGUCCCGCAACGCCUCGGCGUGCUCGAGGAAGGACUCGCGAUUCUGGAAUGGACGGUGAAACUGCGCCCGAACAGCAAGAAUCGCGCUCUGACGCAGCGUAUGCGCCGCGUUGUGGCCAAGGCGCGAGAGGCGCUCGCGGCGAGUGGGCUCGGUGCGAGCCCGAACCACGUCGAAGUCGAGCGGGUCGAGUUUCAGCCUGGCCUGGGCGUGCUGCCUUUGCACAGUCUCGGCUUCCCGCCUACAGCCUUUGCGCUGCCGCACCAGAGCUUCCAGCCCGAGCUGCUCUCGAAUGCUGGGAACAGCAAUUCGGCGCGUGUGAACCCGCUCGGAAACGGAAACGGAGCUGCCCCCGGCGGUCCCGGUGGUCCUGGCGGAGCCGUCACCGGCGGCGUGGCGGCGCAGAUGGGCAACGGAGUGCACGGCGCGAAACAGCACACGCCCAGCGACUCGUCGCCUCAGGAUAUGGCCGAGGACGCGGCGCAGACAGCGAACGACGAGAACUUUGAGGCGUGGCUCGCCAUGCUCUUCCCGCCUGGCACGGGGGAGAUGCCCGUCGUGGAUCCGGCGCUGCUGGAUGCGUGGGCAGCGCAACAGUCUUAG